UUUAUGUGCAGUAUCGAAGAUCGACUUCAGGACCAAGGCAAGUUACCCGAGUUCUACAAACGCUAUGUGGAUGACACAUUGAGCAUAAUGCCUAACUUCGAAACAGCCGAAGCAUUCCUUUCCUCUCUAAAUGAGAGCCAUCCAUCUGUCAGCUUCACCAUGAAACUUGGCAAACACAGUAAACUUCCCUUCCUGGGAACGAAGAUCAGGAAAUGCAAUGGUCGCCUGGAGACAAGGGUGUACAGAAAACCAACUGACACCGGAUUAUUACUACAUUACAAGAGCCAAGUGGAUGAUAGAUACAAGAAGUCAUUGCUAAAAACAAUGCUGGAUCGUGCCUUUAAAGUGCCAUCUACCUGGCAACGGUUCCACCUGGAAUGUGAUCGUCUCACACAGACGUUCUCCCGACUUCAGUACCCAGCCCAACUGCUGCAAUCGUCCAUCAGUAAUUUUGUCACCAAGAAAGUUUCUGGCGAUCCAAUUUCCACACGGGGAUGUAACAUAAAUGAAGCGCCUGUCUGAAUAGUGUUACCAUUCAAAGAUUAGAGAUCGGCCAAUUCCGCACGAAGGCAGCUUGGGGAACUGGGCCACAAAAUUGGAAUUUAUAUCCGCCCCGUGUAUACAAGCCGUAUGAUCGGACAUCAAACCAAAAGAAAAGAAGCCGCCUAUCAUUAACCAGCAACGCGUUGUUUACUAUUCACAAGUGUGGUUUGUGCCAUACAAACUAUGUCGGGCAUACGCACGUGCCGACACCUCUAUCAGCGCGUCGAGGAACACAAAGGAUCGUCUUCAAUCGGGAAUCACAUUAAAGAGCAACAUGGAACAGUCCCAAGUGACAUAUAUCGUGAUUUUAAAAUCUUGAGAAAGUGCCAAAGUAAAUUCGACUGCCUAAUCUACGAAAUGCUCUUUAUAAAGGAGCUUA